AUGGCAAAGGAGGCCCAGGAUGCCCUCCAGAUACUGAUUGAGUAUUCUGAAGGCCAGGAUGCUCUUACUACGGGGCAUAUACGGGCACUAGAGCGGCUGCAAACAGCCAUUGAGGCUAUUCGAGCACAGUCACAGCAGCAGGUUACGCUCCCUCCCUCCUCCGACCCCCUCGAAACCCCCCUCAGAAGCCCUCACGUGAGGCACAAACUCCCCCACCUCCCCUGCCCCUGCCUCCUUGCCGAACUUGCUGCCCCUGUCAACAGUAGCGAGUUCCUUGACUUGGACGCUUGGUCCCACGCCCUGGAUGACUGGGCUGUCAAGGAGAAGUUCUCCUGGCGGCUCCAGAGGAGGGACAAAGAUGGGGCAACCGCCGUUUGUCCCGAGGAGGGCUGUGCCUGGCGUGUCCGAGCCAGCCCCAACGACGAGCUUCCUUUGCUCAUCGUCGGGGCUGGCUCAGACAUGCCAGGCACAUAUGAGAAUGGGGGGAGUUUCUAG